AGUGGAGGCCAAGUCACUGGAUGGAUUUAAGAGAGAGUUAGAUAGAGCUCUAGGGGCUAGUAGAAUCAAUGGAUAUGGGGAGGAGCCCGAUCAAAGAUAGUCCGAGGGUUUCCAAUGAGAUAAACAGUAGUGCUGCUCAGUAGUUGGUAGGGUGGUUCAGUAGCCUGAACUACUAUCUUGCUGAGAAGGUGUAGAUACUGCAACCAUUCAGGCAGAGAUGAACAGACUAUUGAUUGGUACACCGUACAGGUGUCAGGGGUUAUGGGGAGAAGGCAGGAGAAUGUUGAGAGGGAAAGAUAGGUCAGCCACGAUUGGAUGGCAGAGCAACUUGAUAGGCCGGAUGGUCUAAUUCUGAUCCUGGCAUCUAUGAUCCUAUGAAUCAUCGGCCGCAUGGAGACAGCUUGGUGAAGAUGGGUCAGCGGCGCGUCUUCUUGUAAUAGGCACUCACUCUCCUCAGUGUGCGGCUUCAUUUCCCGAGCGCUGCGGGCCGGGACAAGAGCAGCGGAGAACAACUAUCCCCACGUCCAGCCCCUUGGCUUCAGACGGAAAGGCUCGGCUUUCAAGAGGAAUUAAAACCGCCUUCCCUCCGUUGCAUUGGUUGCUUUCGACGUGAAUCAUUUUUACUUCCGCUGCAGUUUGUAGUCGGCUUGCAGCGACGUGUUCGUGAAUAUUGCUCCCAGGAUCCCAAGUCAACAGCGUUGUGAAGAGACGACUGUAUCCUGAAACCUCCUUCCUUCAUUGACUGUAAGGAACGUCUCUCAGGCGAAAGAGCUGCGUGUGUUUCUAAGUGUGUUUCGUGUAGCGUUAAGGAGUGUUGAGUUGUAGUAAUGUCCGUCCUUGCUGGAACUUAUACGUUGAUUGCAUGCAUUGGUUUUUUUCUGUCGCGUUUUCCAAUUGAUAUAAAAGACUUACUUCUGUUUUGUACAAUGCUACUACCUCCAUAGUCUGUGAAUCCGAAUUUCUCCAAAAUCCUACACCAAGUCCCAUUCACCCAUCAGCUUCUGAACUAGCAGGGAACACUUUGUGUUCAGGUCAGUUCUUCUUCUUCUUCUUUCGUGUGGCAUGCACAGCUUAAAGUUGUAGGACAACUUGUUCUAUUUGAUCUUCUGUUUGUGCAAGUCUAGUUGAUUGCAUUAGUCAAAACAGGGCGGACCAUGUGAAGGUUGCAAUCUUCCACCCCUUCAGGUCAGUUGAUAACCUUAUUCUUCCCUCCCCUUCCCAACCUUGUAUACCUGCCCCUAUACUGCAACUCUCGGAGUGUAUUGUAAAUGUAAACUUCAAGUUUAUUAUCGUAUGCACCAACUAGGCGAGACACAAGUACAGUGAAACUCUUGCUUGCAGUAAUCUCACAGGCAGAAAACUAAAUUAUCUGUAAUUUCCACAUAAAAUUCCAAAAGACAGAAAACUGUGCAAAACAAGAAUGAAUGAAUGACUUUUUAUUGUCAUUCAAAUAGCUUGGUUUGAGCAAAAUUGCAUUUCUACUGUAAUAACAUUACAAAAAAAACCAAGACCCACCGUUAACACAAUUUACACAAACAUCCAUCACAGUGAAUCUACAACCCCUCCUCACUGUGAUGGAAGGCAAAAGUCUAAUCUCUUCCCUUUGUUCUUCUCCCGCGGUCCAGCAGUCCAACUACAACGUCGAGGCGAGCGGGGCUCACGAUGUUAAAGCCCCCGGCAGGCGAUGGUGUAAUUCCUUCCGAUACUGAUGGUUCCAUUUAACUGAAAAUAACAAUUGGAACCUGAAAGGAUAACGGACUACUGAAUCAGACAGAACAUGUUGAAGAAACAUACAGCACAUCAAUCAGAAUCUGGGAGUUGAUUGAAAGCUUUUAAUUUCAAGAGCCGGUGGUUACCUGUGAGGGAAGAUGGGGAAUUCCGAUAGUCAUUCAUUUCAGGCAGCCUGGCGAAAUCAAUUCUCAGAUGAAGAGCGGACUUUUCUGAGCAUUAUUUUUGACACUAUUUCUGGAUCCGAUACCCCUGAAGAAACAAAGGGCGGGAAAGCUGCCAAGAAGCAGGUUACCCUGGCCAUGCUAAAGGCAUACGUUCAUAGAGCGGUAAUAGGUAGAAUGACGAUCCGAAUGUACAAUGGAAUGAGGGGCACUGAUCCAAUAAAAAAAUCGACUGUCACCGACUGUAUAAGCAAGAAACAGUUUCUUAGCUUUCUUUUUCAUGCCAUGCGAGGGACUUGUGAAGAAAGAAGUUGCAUCAUUCAAAGGAUGAUUUCCACUAAUCCUGAUGCCCCAGUGACAGGAAGGCAAGUAAAAGAGUUCACAGAAGAUAUGAUCAUAUCAGUGAUCCACUUAUUACGGCAAGAGAAGAUGCUGAGGGGUUGGAAUGUAGAGAAAACUGCAGAUUGUAUUUUGGGGACAACGCGUUUGACUGCCUAUCUGAUGUCUGAGUUGAAGAUUAAAGGUGAAGAUCUGCCUGCAGAGCAUUUACAUUCUGUGGAAAUAAACAAGACUGCCCUUAAGGACUGGGUGUACAGAGUCCCCCAGAUCCCAAGUUUGCUGCAUGCACUGGUCGCUAUGGGUCUUCAUCUUGCGAAAUCAGAGGGCCAAGGCGAAAUCUUCAGUUCAAAUCUGGUGCUGCCACUGUGUGUGGGCAUAAAAUUUUCUGGGAUGUAUACUGUUUUGGACAUCCCUUCUGUUCUUUAUCUCAAAUCCAACUUGCCUUCAGAGAACCAAAGCCAGUGGAAGCUGGUGUUCUCCUCCCAAUUCCACGGAGAAAGUUUCUCUCGUUUUUCCCAUCAGAUUCUUCAGAAAGGACCAACGUUGUUGAUCGUAAAGGAUACAUUUGGAUACGUCUUUGGAGGAUUUGCCUCGUGCAGUUGGGAGCUAAAGCCACAGUUCCAAGGGAAUAGCACAUGCUUUUUAUUUACUCUUAGUCCAAAUCUGGGGGUCUUCACGUAUACAGGUUACAACGACCACUACAUGUAUCUAAACCAGGACCAACAAACCAUGCCAAAUGGACUUGGCAUGGGUGGGCAGCACAAUUACUUCGGAUUGUGGAUUGACAGUAACUAUGGUUCAGGCCACAGCAAAGCAAAGCCACGAUGUACAACUUACAAUAGUCCUCAGUUGUCUGCCCGGGAACAUUUUACCAUUGAAACUAUGGAGGUUUGGUUGGUGGGGAAUUUCACAGAGAGUGAACUGUCCAAGACCAAGAGUGUCCUUGACGCUGACCCGGAAGCACAGGCCUUGCUAGAAAUGAUUGGAAAAACGAGGGUGAGUGACGGACUGCGGGAACCCGCUGAAGAAGAAGCAGAAGAAUGAAGAGAUUUAUAAAAAGUAAAAAACAAAAUGUAACACAAUGCCACCAUUAUUCCUUAAAAACGGGAGAAAUCCUAAAUUAGCCGGUUGACGAAGAUAGAAUCUUCUGCACUUCCACGUGAAAUAAUAAUCAAACAAAGCAUAUUCAAAGGUGUGCUUGAUCUUGCAACAUAAGUAUAGGGGCAAUAGAGCAUUGUCAAUUGAUUCCUGGGCUGGCUAUCACACAAGGCAACGUCAAUCAAAUGACUAAUUGUUCUGUUAUGGACAUAGCAGGUUUGUGGAAGAAAGCAUAUGAGGAAAGGAUUACGUAGGUAAUUAGGGGAAGAAAUGUCACUAUUUAUUAUGCCUACCUCAGUCCAUUGUAUCUAUCAUGUAGUAUUGAGCAAAUAUGAAUUGAAUUUGGUGUCAUUUGGAGUCAAAUGUUUGAAAAUAAUUUGUACCAAAUUAAUGUUUGCCUUGGAUGGGAGGAUACAGUUCAGUGAACUCUGUUUCAGAUUUUGUAUUUCUCUUCUAAAUCUAACCUGCAUUUUCAACAAAAGGAUUUUGGUCAUUUAAUUACCUAGUAUUGUGAUUUAUAUUGCACAAAACAUUAGUAACUGCAAAACAUACAGUAUGUAAUACUGAUGCAAAACAAACUAUAAUGCCUUAAUGGGCGUUGCCAUGAGAAAUAUCUAAGCAAACUUCAGUAUGUUUUAAGAGACUAUAUUGGUGUGCAGAAAUGAAGCAUCCAUCUUGCACUAUUAAAAUAAGGCACUUUCUGCAACACAGGUUUGAUAUUUUGAAGAUGGUAGAGGUUAAUUCUGUGAUUUUAAUUAGGAAGCUUCAUCUAUCUUUGAUGGAAAAGUUUGUACCACUCUUUGAAGUAGCUUAUGAAUAUUUACUGAACCCCAGCUUUGCAGGUGUCAGUAUGAUGUGCACCAUGAGGAAGCUCGGGAGCCGAUUCAGACGAUCCAUGGGUGAGGCAUUACCUAAGAAUAUAAAAGAUAGGAGCUGGAGUAAGCCAUGUGGCCCUUUGAAACAUUAUCAAGAUCAUGGCUGAUCUUCCACCCAAGUGCCAUUUUCUUGCAUAGUACUCCCUCCCAUAUUCAUUAACAUCCAGAAAACUCUUUGAAUUAAUUCAAUGAUUGACUGUGAUCUUCACAGUCCUCUGGAAAAGAGAAUUCUCCUUGUCUCGGUCAAAAACAGCCUGUCCCUGAUUCUGAAACUCUGACCCCAUGGUUCUGACUCUCAGCCAGGGAAACAGUUAUUCUUCCUCCACCCUGUCCUGCAGUGAGUUUGUAAGUUUCAAUGAGAUCUCCGCUCAUGAGUCUACACUCCAGACAAUGUGGACCUUGUUUAUUUAAUCUCUCCUCGUUAAACCCAGGAACCAGUCUAGUGAAUCUUUGUACUACCUUUUAUGUAAGAAACCAAAAGAGUACAACAAUCCUCCAGUCAUGUUCUCACCAGGGCUAUAGCCAUUGCAUUAAGAGUUCUUUAUUCUUGUAUUGAAAUCCUCUGGAAAUAAAGGCAAAUAUACCA